AAAUGCUACCCUCUAACACAAAAAUGCUACUUAUCCCGUCCUAACUUUUAGGUUUUUAGGUUCAUCAUCAGUCUACAAUGUUACUGCCGGCGGCGAGACUCCGUCUCUUCACUCACCGCUUUUCCUCACUCCUCCCACCACCACCCCUCCAUUUUUCACUUCCUUUCAGAAAUUCAACAUCUCACUCCAUCUCUCCCAACAUCUCCGCAACCAAAACCCCCAAAAUCUCCGUCUCCGACACUACCAAAUUCACUCAAACCGUCCUCUUCAUUCCGCCGGGAAUAAGCCCAGAAGAAGUCACCGAAAACAUGAUCUUACCCGGUUCCAACAUCGUCCUAGGCCCUUACGCCGGUGAUGCCAAAGUCAAAGAGGUCCAGUUUGUUAGUAGCAGUGUCCGACCCAAAGACUGCCCCAAAGAUGACCGACCCGAGUUUGCCAUGUUGGGUCGGUCCAAUGUUGGAAAAAGUUCCUUGAUUAAUUCCUUGGUCAGGAAGAAAGAAGUAGCUCUCACGUCAAAGAAACCAGGGAAGACUCAGCUUAUUAAUCAUUUUUUGGUAAAUCGAAGUUGGUACCUUGUUGAUUUGCCUGGCUAUGGCUUUGCUAACGCCCCAGAAUCCACAAGAAUGGACUGGUCAUCGUUCACAAAAGGUUACUUUCUAAACAGAGAAUCGUUAGUAUCCGUUUUGCUUCUUGUGGAUGCAAGUGUCCCCCCUCAGAAGAUUGAUCUCGACUGUGCUAAUUGGCUGGGGCGAAACAACAUUCCGAUGACGAUUGUUUUCACAAAGUGUGAUAAAGUGAAGAACAGUAAAGGAAGACGGCCCGAUGAAAACAUCAAGAGUUUCCAAGAACUGAUUAAAGAAAAUUAUAAAAUUCAUCCGCCAUGGAUAAUGACUAGCAGUGCCACCGGGUUCGGUAGGGAUGAUCUUCUUUUGCAUAUGUCACAGCUUCGAAACUACUGGGAUAAUUAGUCUGCUAUAGAAGAUGUUUGACCUUAUAACUGUGCAGGAUUUUAGUUCUUGGGAUCUGUAUCGACUUUCUGGUCUUAUAAAGCGUGGAGAUUGCUGGUGUAAUGUACAUAAACACGAUCCUUAUCUUUGGCGAUGAGCCCACAUGCUCACAAGUUUUGUCAUCAGAAGGAAUGGAGAGAGUGUUGGUGCGUACUUUUGUAUAUUAAAGUGUAUACCUUUUCGUUAUUCUGAAAUUACGAAUGAGUAAUUUGUAUGCGAACUACAGAUGAUCAUAUCUCAUCUCCACUUUUGUCCAAAUCGUAACAGUCAAAUACAAGAAUAACUGGAUCGAUCAUCUAGUCAUUAUGCAAUUGAUGCAUGGAACGAUCGCCAAAAUACUAAUCCGCCAAGGAUAAAUCACGUAUGAUA